GGUAGUGAUCAGCUGAAUUUAGUGCAGUGCUUGCACUAAUAACUCACAAGCUAUUGGGUAGUGAUCUUUCCGGGAACGGAAAAGAAAAAGUGUCCAUACAAGGAAACAGUAAAAGCAUCUAUAGGAAUUUUCUGGAUCUCAGGGAUCGCUACUUGUUAUGGGUUAUUUCCCAGAAGUUGUCCUGAUUUUGAAACUGGAAUAAUUAUUGUGUUGAUAUUCGUAUGAAAAUAUUGGACGAAGCACUAUCUAAUUGCCUAUGAUCCUUUUAUGAAUAUAGUCAAUGCAACCCAUGGCUGGCACAGGCGUACAUUACACUCUCUUAAUAAGCCUUUUCUCCAUCACACUGGGCAUUCAACAGACUAAUUUCCUAUCUUCAUAUGAAAUUAUAAUCCCUCAAAAAUUGACACGCGAGAGAAGAGACUCUUCAGGCCUCCUGAAAGAAGAUUCACUUUCUUAUGUCAUCCAGGUUGCAGGCAAAAAGCACAUACUUCAUCUUGAAAAAAAAAGUGAUUUUAUAGCCAAAGAUUUUGUCACCUACACCUACACAGAAGCUGGGGAAAGGCUGUCAAGCAACCAUCAGGAUCAGGAAGAUUGCUACUACCGUGGUUAUGCAGAUGGCGUUGAAAAUUCUGUUGUAGCAGUCAGUACCUGCUCAGGACUGCGGGGUUUGUUACACCUGGAGAACACUAGUUUUGGAAUAGAACCUCUAGAAUCUUCCUCAGAUUUCCAGCAUCUGAUAUAUCGUCUAGAAGAUGUUAAAAAAGAACCAAUGUCAUGUGGUGUUUCUAAUCUUGAUGCAGAAUCUAAAAAUGAUCUUCACUCGCCGAGUAUGACCCAGUUACUGCGGAGAAAAAGAGCCCUUUUGCCACAGACAAGAUAUGUUGAGCUCUUCAUAGUUGUAGACAACGAAAGGUUUACUUUUCUGAACAGAAAUGCAACAGCUGUAAGGGUAGAGAUGGUACAGUUGGCAAACUAUUUGGACAGUAUGUAUACUAUGUUGAAUAUAAGAAUAGUCCUAAUUGGGCUUGAGAUUUGGACAGACUUCAACAAGAUCAGUAUUGAUGGGUCAGCAGGGGACGUCCUUGGUCGAUUUGUACAAUGGCGUGAAAACGUGUUGGUUACACGACGCAGACACGACACUGCACAAUUAGUCCUAAAGAAAAGUUUCGGUACCACUGCAGGAAUGGCAUUUGUGGGCACAGUAUGUUCUAGGAGUCAUGCUGGUGGCAUUAAUGCGUUUACACAUACUAAUGUUCCAAGCUUCGCAUCCAUUGUUGCCCACGAAUUAGGACACAAUCUUGGAAUGAAUCAUGAUGAUGGCAGGGAAUGUUCUUGUUCUGUAGGCUCGUGCAUUAUGAAUUCUGGAGCUUCAGGCUCAAAAAACUUCAGCAGCUGCAGUGAAGAUGACUUUGAAAAACUGACACUUAACAAAGGCGGAAUUUGCUUGCUUAAUAUGCCAAAACCAGACGAGGCAUACAGUGCGCCUUCUUGCGGAAACAAACUUGUGGAUCCUGGUGAAGAGUGUGACUGUGGGAGUUUCAAGGAAUGUGAGCUGGAUGCCUGCUGUGAGUUCGGAACUUGCAAGCUGCGAGCAGGCGCUCAGUGUUCUUUUGGUAGCUGUUGCCAAAGCUGCCGGUUCUCUCCUGGUGGCACAGUGUGUCGUGGAGUAGUAAAUGAAUGUGAUCUCCCUGAAUACUGCAAUGGCUCUUCUCCUUUCUGCCAACCUGAUGUCUUCAUACAGAAUGGACAUCCAUGUCAGAAUAGCCAAGCCUAUUGCUACAAUGGCAUGUGCCAGUACUAUGAUGCCCAGUGUCAGGCUAUUUUCGGUGCCAAAGCAAAGGCCGCUCCUGCAAUUUGCUUUCGAGAUGUGAACUCAAAAGGUGAUAGAUUUGGAAAUUGUGGCCUACAGGGCAAUGAUUACAGAAAAUGUGAAACCAGGAAUGCUCGGUGUGGAAAGCUACAGUGUGAGAAUGCAGACACCAUGCCAGUUUUUGGUAUUGAACCUUCUAUUAUCAAAACGUCCAUUCAGGGAACAAUUUGCUGGGGAGUGGACUUCCAGCUGGGCUCUGAUGUCCCUGAUCCAGCUAUGGUGAAUGAAGGCACCAAAUGUGAUGAGGGCAAGGUGUGCAGUGGUUACCAGUGUGUUAAUGCAUCAGUGCUUAAGUAUGACUGUGAUGUUCAGAAGAAGUGCGGAGGGAAUGGAGUGUGUAACAGCAAUAAGAACUGUCAUUGUAAUGAUGGCUGGGCUUUUCCUAUGUGCCAGACUAAGGGAUAUGGUGGUAGCAUUGACAGUGGCCCCACAUAUAAUGAUAAAGACACAUCGCUGAGAGAUGGGCUGCUUGUUUUCUUUUUUCUUGUCGUUCCACUCCUGCUUCUUGGUGCAUUUGUGUUUUUCCGAAGGAAUGAACUGAAAAGAAGGUUCUGCAGGAAAAAAAGGUCACAGGCCCAUGAGGUUGACAGACAGAAACAAUCUGAAUUUGAGAAGCAAUCAUCUGGUCCAGCUAGACAUUUAAGUCCAAGCAGGGAAGGUAGAGGGCCAGUUAAGGUACCAACGCAAAAUAUGCAACAUUCACAACCAGCCAGGGUGCCACCAGCUUCUCGUCCUCACAUGGAUAUAUCAAGCUCCAUUCCAAAUAGAGGUCCUACUUCAGCUGGUCCUCCAAGAAAUGUGCCGCCUUCAACACCACAUCAAAAUGUCACACCUACCUCUCAUACUAAUAAGAAACCAUUUAACCCAAAUACUUUUAAUGUUCCAAACUACAUGGUGAAGCAGCCUCAGCAUGCUCCUUCUAGGCCACCUCCUCCUCACGAAAGAGAAACACCUGGCAGCCUUGCCCCCUCUCGUGCGCCACCUCCACCCCCGGUAUAACAUCUAAUGUGCAAAAUGCCAUUUCCCACAAACUGUUUACUAAGGACCUUUAAACAUAUUUGCAGCCUUUGCUUAUUUUUGGAAGCAGAAAUGCACACAAAAAUCUCCUAUCAUUUCCGUGUGGGAUUUGUCUGUUUCCACACAAUUUGUCACUGUGGCUGUUGACAGUGCAUGGGGAUUGAGUUCACAAGAACAGGCUGUCACUAUGUGUAACUCCAUAUUACUUCAUGAGGACAUCAAACUUUUAAAUUACCAAAUAUAGUUUAAGAUUGACUUAACUCACUGUUUUUAGCACCUUUUUCCAGCCUAAUAUAAAGUUACUUUGUUUUGGGCUUUUUAAUUUGAAUAUAUUUUUUCCCACAAAUACAAUAAAAGAAAAUGCUCGGAAGCAUUGUCACAUUUUCAGAUGUA